AUGGGAAAGAAGCAAAAAAGAAAGACUAACAACAACAAAAGAAGUUAUGAUGCCAAGAAACCCUCCUCAAAAAACCCUAAUCGAUCUACAACAAGAAGAGCAAAAAGCAAGGCUCUUCCUCCAGUUCCAGAUGAAUUGUUCUUAGAUAUACUCUUAAGACUCCCCGUGAAGUCCCUUUUCAGAUUCCGAUCAGUCUGCAAAAGAUGGUCCACCAUCAUCGACAGCCCUUCUUUCGUGGACCUGCACUUGAGCCAAUCUCAAACUCGGCCUUGUGAACCCCAAAUCCUUGUGUCUUUCUCGCUUCCUGACUCGAAGCAUUACUUCUAUUCUUCAAGUCUUGAAGGAGGGCAGGCGGUCCGCCUUAUGUGGCUGCCCGGCAACUGCAGGAGCCCGUGCUAUGUUUCAGAAUCCCUUAACGGAUUAGUAUGUUUCUACCAUGACAGUCUUGUCUGUGUCAUUAACCCUAGCACUCAGAAAUUCAGAGCCCUACCGGCAAGUAAUUUUAAACGCUUUGAAUGUGAAUUUUAUUAUUUCGGAUUUGACCCUUCAAAGAAUGAGUACAAAGUGUUGCACAUAAUGUGUAUGCGUCCAUUGUACUGCUUGAGCUUAUUUGACAUGCAAUGCGAAGUUUUCACAAUAAAGGUUGGUUCAGAGGAACCCAAAGAAUGGUCAUGGAGAAAAAUCGCCCAUGUCCCACCAUAUCCUUAUACUUUCAGAGGACAAGGUGUUUGUGUCAAUGGCGCGAUACAUUGGAUCUGCAGGAAGGCUCCACGUGAAGUUCUGGUGGUUUUUGAUGUGGCUAGCGAAAAGUUCCGAUCGUUGCCACUUCCUGGUGGUGUUUCUCCCGAGUAUAAUUUGAGACAAAUUGGAGGGCGUUUGGCUCUAUUGAACGAUAGUGAUUGUGAUGGCAGUGACAUAGAAAUAUGGGUAUUAGAGGAUUGUCACAACAUGUGGGUUCAGAAGACUCUUGUGGCUCCACAAAAGUAUGAAAUACAUUUCACCUUCUCGUCAUAUUCUAAUCCUGAGUUCAGCAGUGAGAUACUGAACAUUUCAAAAUCACAACAUAUUUCUUGGGAUCAUAGGAAUAAGGCUUCUAGGCCUAUUAGGCCUAUUAGAAUUGAUGAGGUACUUAACUAUGGUGCUGGUGUAGUAUGUAGCAAUGUUAGUAUCACAAAUUAUGUGGAUCGCCUCAUUCGUUUAUAUUGA